AUGGCGACUGACAAGCACAACGAUGCCAAGCAGAAGCAGCAGCCAAUGACUGAUCUUUUAGCAGUAGAAUCACGGCGAAGAAUGCAUCAUCAGAUGCAAUUACCUAACCAGGAACAGACAAUGGGUAAUAAUGACGUCGAUAUUGGUGUCGAUGUUGGUGAUAUCUUGGGGGAGAAACUGUUGCAAAAGGUCCGUACAUUCUCCAUGCUGGAUGCCGCGGCCACUUCGAAGCUGGGCAAGUAUAUUGAAGACGAGGAGGCCCUGCAUUCUUCACUUGAGUCCAGUAAUAGUGAAAGCUCUCUACGUGCAUCAUUACUAAACUCUCGUGGGUCGAUACCCCUUCCACCUCACAGUAAGAACUUUGUGCGGGACCCAGAAUCUAAUAGCACAGUACUUCAAGCGGCGGUUUCGUCGGGUGCAGAGGCUGUUGAGGUUGUAGCCGAACAAAGUUGGCUUGUUACAAAGCUUGCGGUGCAGUUGCUUUGGGCACUGCGCAUGUCCAAGCGCUGGAUGCUCGGUGUUUUGCGUCUGAUCUCGUUCGUGCUGCUAUUGCUGUUCCCGAUUGUAAAGGUUGCGGUCUACUGGUUUGUGAAUGAUGACGUGCACAAAAAUAUUAUUUACGGGCUUAACGGACGGAAUCUGUUGGAUAUAUACACAGUGCCUCAGAACGCGAUAGUGGAGAAAACGUCGUCUACAACGGGCAAGACGCAAAACUCCAGUGUUCCUAGUACUGCUAGUGGUAGCAUCACUGAGGCAAAGUACCCUGUAGUUGUAUUUGUUUCCGGAGGAGCGUGGAUCAUUGGGUACAAGGCAUGGGGCGCGUUAAUGGGGCGUAUGCUGGCGUCACUGGGCGUGGUGGUCGUGAUGCCUGACUACCGCAACUUUCCUCAGGGAGUCGUACCCGACAUGGUGGAGGAUGUGACGCGCGCGAUGCAGUGGGUAUUUGACAAUGUCCACUGUUUUGGCGGUGAUCGCGAGAACGUGCAUCUCAUCGGUCAAUCCGCCGGCGCACAUAUCUCCAUGUGCGCGUUGCUCGAACAAGUGGAGAAGAAACGUAACGCUGCUGCAAGUUUUGAAAUCUCACCAAGCGGCACCGGCGGUGGUAUGGGCAAUACGUCCGACUGUGAGAGUCUCGAAAGCGUGUCGCCGUUGGCGCAGCCGAUCACGUGGAAAUUGAGACAAGUUCGUAGCUACAUUGGCAUAUCUGGACCGUACAACAUGGAAGCCAGCAUCGCAACAUUUCACCGCCACGGCUUUGACCGCGCGGUAGUGGAGCGCAUUAUGGCGCAUCGGCUGGCGUAUUAUUCACCGUCCUUGCGUUUGUUGGCGCUUAGUGAACUGCCGUUUCAUACACGGAAGGAGCUGAUGGAAGACUUUCCUUCGUGCUUCCUAUUUCACGGAAUGGCGGAUAAGACAGUCAGUUAUCGGUCGUCGGAGCAGCUAGCAGCGGCGUUGAGAUCCUGUAGUGCGACAGUGUCGACACGUUAUUACGAGGGUAAAACACACACUGAUCCAAUCAUCGAGGACCCAAUCGUCGGCGACAAUUUCUUGCUCGACGACGUGAUGGCCGCGCUGAAAGCACAUGCGCCCAAUGACCCCAUCACCGGCAAACCGUACUUUGAACUGGGUGCGUGGCCGCAAGAAAGGCGAUAUUACCCCAAGGUGCUUGUGCGAUUGGCCCGUAAGGUCAAUCCUUUUUAG